UCUUAAAAAUGGCGUCUGUUUUCAGUAAUGUUCUUUCACACACGUACCAUCCCCUUCUCUCUCUCUUUUCUUUGUUAUGGAGUCGGUUAGUCGGCGAUCAUAUCUUGCUGUUGACGAACUGGUCGCCGAGUAAUUCAAUGAUAGCCUCGUUUUAAACUUUCUUUGCUUUCGAACGACGCCGUUUUCACUCUCUGCUCUUCUCCUUUGCUUCCCGUGAAGAGAAAAUAUUUGAAACUCCUGUUCUUUUUUGGUAAAGUCCGUAAUCCUUAGCUUCGGUUUAGUGUUGUGAUCGAUCGAUCUCUCCCGUUGGAUUUGAUUCCUUUAGAGGGAAAAAAAAAAAAAAAGAAACGCUGACCGAUGAUUUUGUUUUUGAAGCCGAGAAGUUGAUUAUUUUUUAUUUUAUUUCAUUUAAAAAGGUUUCUGAGUCAAAGCUAAAUUCGACAGCAAGUUAAGGCGAAAAUACGAAAUGCUAGAUCUUAACCUCAAAGUAGCGUCGACUGAGUUGACUCAGGACUCCGACUCGGUGGCUCCUUUUACCAGUAAGCUCAAUGAAGGUUCUGGAAACCAAAUGGACGAAUCCGGAACCUCAAAUUCGUCAAUCGUCAACGACGACGACGAGUCGUGCUACACACGCGCCAACAGAGACGCGUUCACUCUAAGUUUCGACAUACUCAAAGUCGGAAGGGGAGGAAGCGAGAACCGAAACGACGACACAGCAGCGGUGGUUACCAAGGAGCUGUUUCCGGUGAAGGGACUUGAAGCGGAUUUUGGAAGUUCUGAAGGGCAAAGCUCGGGAAAUAGUAACAACAAUAACAAAUGGAUCGAUCUUUCGUUUGAUAAAAAAGAAGCUGGUGACUCGCGGGUGAUGCAACAACAACCGUCACAGACGGUGACGGUGAAGAAAAGCCGUAGAGGACCUCGCUCUAGAAGCUCACAGUAUCGAGGAGUUACUUUCUAUAGAAGAACUGGAAGAUGGGAAUCGCAUAUUUGGGAUUGCGGGAAACAAGUAUAUUUGGGUGGAUUUGAGACUGCUCAUGCCGCAGCCAGAGCCUAUGAUCGAGCGGCUAUUAAAUUUCGAGGGGUUGAUGCUGAUAUCAAUUUCAGUCUCAGUGAUUAUGAGGAUAUGAAACAGAUGAAGAAUCUGACUAAGGAAGAAUUUGUGCAUAUACUUCGUCGCCAGAGUACUGGUUUUUCAAGGGGAAGCUCGAAAUAUCGAGGAGUGACACUGCACAAAUGCGGUCGAUGGGAAGCACGGAUGGGACAAUUCCUAGGCAAAAAGGCAUAUGAUAAGGCAGCUAUCAAACAUAAUGGGAGGGAGGCGGUCACAAACUUUGAGCCAAGUACAUAUGAAGGGGAGAUGAUCUUUGAUACUAGUAAUGAAGGCGAUACUCACAACCUUGAUCUGAACUUAGGGAUAUCUCCACCUGUUGGCAAUGAUCCCAACGAAAAAGAGGGGCAUCUCGAUUUCCUUUCUGGCCCUUAUGACAUGCAUGGCAUGAAAAGUUUGAGGGCAGAGAACCCUGCCGCUGCAACAGUGGGUCCAGCCUUCAAUGGCCUAGCGGGGACUUCAGAUCAUCCUAUUUUCUGGAAUAGUGGAUAUCCUAGAUUCUUUCCCAGUGAGGAAAGGGCAAUGGUGAAUAGAGUUGAAUCAUGUCCUCCGCAAGGUCUCCCAGAUUGGGCGUUGCAAAUGCGUGGUCAAGUCAGUGCUACGCCCUUGCCACUGUUCUCUAGUGCAGCAUCAUCAGGAUUCUCAUUCUCGGCUACCCCUCUCACUGCUGCUAUUCUUCCAUCGUCAAAACCUCUCAAUCCAACGACUCACAGUCUAUGUUUCGCCUCCUCAACUGCCACCGCCACUAACAUCCCUCAAACCUAUUUUCAGAUUAAGCCACAACAGGAACCACCUUAGCCUCAUUUCCUAACAUUUUCAGUGGAAAAGCAACAAUAACAUCUUUGUUCUUAACUUUUAAUUGUAUGAUGAUGAUGAUGAUGAAGAUGAUGAUUCAAAUAUUGAUUCGAUAUAGGUUCAGAGUUACUAGUUUCUGACUUGUUUGAUAAACUAAAAAAAUUUAUGAAAGCAAUUCCUGAUACCACCCUCUCUCCUCUCGCUUUUCACUUUCAAUUUUAUUAUAAUCAUCCUUCCUUUUCUGGGUUAAUA